UAAGAUCUGGAAUGUUACAGUAAUAAUGAUGAGCAUUUCAUUGGUGCUAGUUGAUGCGGAGACAUCUGAAUUUGUACUUGUACGAAUCUUCACUUUUAUCGUGGAUUUCUAGACUGGUUUGGGAAAUGUCUAACUGAUCUAAAAUCAUUCUUGCUCUUGCCCUUGCCCUUGCCCUUCUCCAAUGUUUUUCAGCUGAAUAAAAAUGUGUGCGUACGCGUUGACAAUGUGUUCCGUUGCCGGCUUUCGUUAAGAGUUAAUUACAUAAGCGAUCUUAAAGUAAUUCGUUAACACCACCAGCACUUCCGAUCGUGGUACGGGUGUGUAACCCACUCCACUAGGGACAGCUUAGAAGUUGUCAUUGCAUGGCAGCUCCUGGGUGUCGUUGAACAGCAACGAUUAUUUUACGGAAUUAUUAAUUCGCCUUUCGGAUUAACAUUUUGCCGGCGCAUCCCACACCGGCAUCACUACGAGUAACAUUGCGUCAGCUCACCGGCGCAAGAAGUCAACCUCCCGCAGCCGUCUCAAGCGACCACGCCCUCGGCGACUGUUUACCGGAGGACCGGAAAUCCCGUCUUACCUAGCAGCAUACCGCAUCCCGAAAGUAAAGACACAUCAUUUGGUCAUGGAAAUGGACACCCACGAGGCUCCCGCUAACGGAGACAGUAACACGGCGACAAGCAGCUCCGCACCGGCAAACACACCACAAGCAACACCCAGCGCCACCGUGCCGCCUGACGCUAUGGACAUCCAGACAACUGGAUAUGAUGAUGGCAGCUUCAACAACGAGCCAUUCCAUCCAGUGACACGCCAGAACAGCCGCACACAUGCAUCUCCACCCGCACCGGCCGCUUCCGACAGUACCACUCAGCAAUCCGGCCAGCGCACCGAACAGCAAAGUAACAAUACUCCGCAGAACGGCAGCGAGACUAGCAACCAGCGCCAGCAAGGACAGCCGCGCGCUGAGCGCAUCCGUUACAUCACCGCAACUUCCCGUCAGACAGCACUCCCCGUUAACGACUUACCAUUCAACCCGUUCAUUAGCCGCAGCUGGGCCGUCACCACUGAGGACAUGCACCGCCACAUGAACAACAUCGGUACCGCGAUAGACCGCCUUCAGGAGCAACGCAGCACCCUGCCGAAUAACUACGAUGCACUGGGGAUAGAGUACGAGAUUGAACAGCUGAAGAGUAUGUUCUCGUUUUUGGAGCGUCAGAGUAAACAAACUAACAGUAACAAAUUCGUAACAUUCCCGGAACCACUGGCUACGUCUCUUGGCCACUUCUACCAGCAGUCCUGGCGUUUCGACCGUUUUGCCACCGGAGCCUGGAUAAAGUAUGCAGCAGAAGACGGGACCUGGCGAUAUGAACACCGUUCUGGUUUUGUGUAUCGCUAUAUCAGCAACUCACACCGUCAAGGUUUCGAAAUGGUUGAACAGUAUCCGCGCUAUUUCAAUCCGUACCGCUACUUCCCGAUCAACAUGCCGUUUUGGCCAGGUGAAAUUGCCUGGGAUGGAUCAUACACGGAAGAGACACGUACGCGAAUCAGUAAUUACAUGGUUGAAAUUGACGAGUAUAAAACAGUGAAGGGCACCGAUAAUGACAAAGACAUACAGUAUCCUUUCGUCGAAAUGGCAGACAUGUGGGCUGGAGAGUAUCAGCAACUUGAUUUGGGCAAGAUUAUAGCAAAAACCGGCAUUCGUGGAUAUGCACCGGACGAGCGAGGUCAUCAGUCCACCGUGCGGGACGAUAAAGUAACCAUUGCGCAGUUGAAUGCCAAAAUCCGCCAGCUUGAAGAGCAACUCGGACACCCGCGCCAAGGUAACCAGCAGCAACAGCAGGGACAAUACCAACCAUACCCGCAGCACCCCGGACAGCAGCAGCCGGAGCAGCCGCCGCGUCAGCAUGGACAGCAGCCGCCGCGCCAGAAUGGACAGCCGCACCCGCGUCAGAAUGGAGAACAGCAGCGUCGCCAGUACCAGCCACGCCGUUGAAUCACCUGACCGGAAACCGAAGAGAGCAACACAGCAACACGUGGGAGCAGCAACCCCGUCAUCCGGAUUCACCACGAUUAGUAACGUUCUUACAGUAACUCUCAUUGUUAUUAAUUGCUCAAUAUUUCUGUGUUAUUUUCCAUUCCUUAAUUUCCAUUCCUGAUUUUACCGGAUUUUCUCUUGAUAAGACAGGUAUAUCUUAUCGCUACCGUGCGGGAUGUAGCCGUACAAAUAAGAUCUGGAAUGUUACAGUAAUAAUGAUGAGCAUUUCAUUGGUGCUAGUUGAUGCGGAGACAUCUGAAUUUGUACUUGUACGAAUCUUCACUUUUAUCGUGGAUUUCUAGACUGGUUUGGGAAAUGUCUAACUGAUCUAAAAUCAUUCUUGCUCUUGCCCUUGCCCUUGCCCUUCUCCAAUGUUUUUCAGCUGAAUAAAAAUGUGUGCGUACGCGUUGACAAUGUGUUCCGUUGCCGGCUUUCGUUAAGAGUUAAUUACAUAAGCGAUCUUAAAGUAAUUCGUUAACACCACCAGCACUUCCGAUCGUGGUACGGGUGU